UCUCUUCCCCCGAGCCCUCUAUCGACCUCCUUUCUCUUUCUCUGCAACUUUGAGUGGUCUGCUUAUAAAGUAACAAGUUACCGGUAUCUGUGAAACACCAAGACCAUGAACCACACAACCAGCAGCAGCUAGGAAACACAUGCUCCACCACCAUCAGACUGAUCAACACAGUGACAGACCCCAAACACACCCACGCCUCAUCUUCUAACUCUCAAGCUGAGUGAAGGGGUAUUUUCAGAGAGCAACUAUAGAAUGUGACCUCCUUUUCAGCUAACAAACAGGAAUUAUUUUAUAGAACAGCAGCCCUCAUCAAAAGGAAGUCUGCUCUUUCUCUACUCUACAAUUCCUUCUCUGUGUGUAUCAGUUAGUCAACUGCUAGCUACCAGUGACAGUGAUARAUAAGGACAUACAGCCUGAGGAAACAGUCAAAUCCUUACAGAGAUGUCUGGUGGUCCCUUCUCCUGCUUCUCCAAACAGGGAAUACUACUUAUCCUAUUCUCCAACCUCCACUAUGGUGUGGGUGUUCCUCUGAUCAUCAACAAGAGAGUGGGGGACUCUGUGGAGCUGCUGGCAGGAUUAGAGAGGGAACAUUUCAAAUCCUUGGUGUGGAAGUAUAUGGGAAAGGUUAUUGCAGAAUUCAACUCAGAAGUUGUAUAUUCACCUGGAUCCCAGUUUGAGGGGAGACUAAAGAUGAACACCAAAAACGUCAGUUUAACAGUCAGAGAACUGACACUGCAAGACUCAGGGGAUUUUCUACUUACAGGUGAAGGGAACAAACGUCUGAUUGACAGUAAGACCAUCACUCUGAAAGUCCACGAACCUAUAUCCAAGGUGGUGAUCCAGAAAAAUAUCAAGCUAUUGGCCAACCRCUCCUGUACGGUACGGCUGGUGUGCAACGUGUCCUGCUACCACAACAUCACCUACACCUGGGAGAGAGACAAUGAGAUCUACGGGGACGCCCAGCAGAUUCACUUCUCUCUCUCACCAGCAGAGAGAAACAUCAGUGUAAAGUGCAACGCCUCCAACCUGGUCAGUUGGAAAACUGCCUUUGAGACAGUAAAGUGUAGAAAUGACACAACCACACCAGGUACCUAG